ACUUAGGUGGCAAAAUCAACAUCCCGCUUCCCAAAUCAAAAACAGAAAACCGAGUUGACUCGGUUCUCCCCCACCCACCCCAAACCCGCCUCGACACAGUCCAAACUCGUUCUGCAAAGCUGGCUGUCACUCACUGUCAGCACGAUCACGAAUCACUGAACUGAAAAGACCCCCCAAAAUCAGAAUCCCAAUUUUCAGUCUCUCUCACACACGCACUCGGCGUUUCUGACAGACUGACACUAAUAACAGGCGGGAAAAUUACAAGGAAAACCCAACUCAACCCCUCCAGGAAGUAGAACGAAGAAAGAACGAAGAAAAAGAAGAAAAAGAAGAAGGGGUUGGUUCAGAGAGAGAGAGAGAGAUGAGGGAGAGAGGGAAAGGGAAAGAGACGUCGGUGGACGAGAGGUACACCCAAUGGAAGUCGCUGGUUCCAAUCCUAUACGACUGGCUCGCCAACCACAACCUAGUUUGGCCUUCUCUCUCUUGCCGAUGGGGCCCAAAACUCGACGAAGCCACUUACAAGAGCCGUCAACGUCUUUACCUUUCUGAACAGACUGAUGGCAGUGUUCCAAAUACACUUGUUAUAGCAAAUUGUGAAAUCGUCAAACCUAGGGUUGCAGCUGCAGAGCACAUAUCACAGUUCAAUGAAGAAGCACGCUCUCCAUUUGUAAAGAAGUACAAAACUAUCAUCCAUCCUGGUGAGGUAAACCGAAUCAGGGAACUCCCACAGAAUAGUAAGAUAAUAGCCACGCAUACUGAUAGUCCUGAUGUUCUCAUUUGGGAUGUUGAUGCUCAACCUAAUCGCCAUGCUGUCUUAGGAGCUAUGAGUUCUCAUCCAGAUCUGCUAUUGACUGGGCAUCAAGAUAAUGCAGAAUUUGCCCUUGCUAUGUGCCCAACCGAACCCUUUGUGCUUUCUGGAGGCAAGGACAAAACUGUGGUUCUGUGGAGUAUUCAUGAUCAUGUUUCAACUUUAGCAUCAGAACCAGGAUCUAUGAAACCUCCAGGAUCUAGUGGACCCAAUAUUAAACAUGCCUCCAGGGUUGGCGGGAGUAAUCAGAAGCCUGCAGAUAGCCCUUCCAUUCAGGCACGGGGUGUCUACCAUGGCCACAGUGAUACUGUAGAAGACGUGCAGUUCUGCCCAUCAAGUGCACAGGAGUUCUGUAGUGUAGGCGAUGAUUCCUGCCUCAUGCUAUGGGAUUCAAGGACCGGCUCUGAUCCAGUUGUCAAGGUUGAGAAAGCUCAUGAUGCUGAUCUUCACUGUGUUGAUUGGAACCAUCAUGAUGUCAAUUUCAUUCUAACAGGAUCUGCUGAUAAUACUGUUCGCAUGUUUGACCGCCGAAAUCUCACUUCCGGGGGAAUUGGAGCACCCAUUCAUAAAUUUGAGGGUCACAAUGCAGCUGUCCUCUGCGUACAGUGGUCUCCAGACAAGUCUUCUGUCUUUGGAAGCUCUGCUGAGGAUGGCAUUAUAAACAUCUGGGAUCAUGAGAAGGUUGGUAAACAGCGAGACUCAAGGUUGCCAAAUGCCCCGCCAGGUUUAUUCUUCAAGCAUGGUGGUCAUAGGGACAAGGUUGUUGAUUUCCAUUGGAACACAUAUGAUCCAUGGACCAUUGUCAGUGUGUCCGAUGAUUGUGAGAGCACUGGAGGAGGCGGUACACUGCAGAUAUGGCGGAUUAUUGAUUUGAUUCACAGGCCAGAGGAAGAGGUCCUGGAGGAGCUGGACAAGUUCAAAUCUCACAUUUUGAAAUGCCCCUAGUCACUUUCGCAGUCACUUUCUCUCUCACUUUCUUCAAAUGGAUGUUCAUUUUUCUCUUUGUAAUGAAAAGAUGCUGAUAAUCAAUUCCGUUUUUUUUUUUAAAUGAAAAUACUAAUUAUCAUGAAACCAAAUGAAAAAGAAUGCAAUAUUUGCACUAUUGGAUCA